AUGAAUGUUACGGAAAAGCCACCGGACGAAAGUAAUGAAGAGAAGUGUCGCCAGAUGGAAAAAAAAGUGAACGAACUCCUCAAGGAAAGCAUUUUUGCCUGGGAGAAAGGGCAAAUGAAACAGGCACUGGAAAAAGCUAAGGAAGCAGUGAUUUAUUUGGUUGGACGUCCUGGUGAGCAUGGCCAUUGUUAUGUGAGUGAAUUACAGUACAUGGCGAAUAACCUGUUGACAGAAGCGCUGAAUACCUAUCAGGUGAUCGUAAAGAACAAAAUGUUCGCGAACUCGAGCCGUCUCAAAGUGAACAUUGCCAACAUCUAUUUCAAGCAAAAGGACUACAAGAAAGCAAUCAAAUAUUAUCGCAUGGCGCUGGACCAAGUGCCGAACUUCCAGAAAAGCAAAAGGCAUUUGAGAUAUCCGAUUAAAAUAAUGAAUAACAUUGGCGUUGCUUUCAUCAAAUGUGGUGAAUACGAUGAAGCGGCGAGCACGUUCGAACACUGCAUGGAAGAGAAAGGCGACUACAACAUGGCACUCAAUUUGAUUCUCACUGCAUACUGCUUGAACGAUGUCGAAAAGAUGAAAGAUGGUUUCCAGCGGCUGCUCGACCUCCCAGCACUGCUCGAUGAUGAACCAAAAUAUGCGGAUCAGCAGGAUUUCCUUCUUUCGCAGCUGAUCGCUAACGACACCUUGAAGCAAUGGGAACGAUCGCAUCGGCAUACCGCCGAGAAAACUAUUUUUGUUGCAGCCAGAAUUAUUUCUUCUGCUAUCGCUCCAACGUUUUCGGAGGGCUAUGAGUGGUGCGUGGAAGCGAUAAGGCAGUCCCUAUACUCUCCGUUAGCCAUGGAAAUUGAGAUGAGUAAAGCAGUUGCGCUGCUUCGGCAAGGUGAUCUGGAAACUGCAUCACAGGUAAGAUUCACAAACCAAGCCUUGAGGGUGUUUCCUCCAGCACUGCUGAACUUAUCCAUGCAAAAUAUUGAUACUGGUCAAGCUGCUGUUGCCCUUGGAAGUGGCACAAUUCGGUACCCAACAAAAUUUGUGGCGAAAAAACAAUAUUGCCUUUUUCACUUGCAACCAGUAGACGUCUUAUCCGCUCCCUUCUGUUGCGUGUUCAUAAUUGCAGUAUAUCAAAUAUUGCAGCAAGGACCAUCAAAGUUGGAAGAUGCAGUACAGUACUGUGAGCAGGCGCUAUCACUGGAUCGUUACAAUGCCAGUGCUUUGGUGAAUCGCGGUAACAUAUUCUUUGUGCUCGGAGAUCUCGAGAAAGCUGCACAGUACUACAAGGAAGCAUUAAGCAACGAAGUAAGCGCCUUUCAUACGGAGAACCUUGGCUUCACUUGGCAUACCACCUUUACGCUGAUA